GAGUGGGGUUCUCGAACAGUUCCUACUUGCGCAAGCCGUCACCACGAUUGAAAUCAGAGAAAAACAUUUUACGUCAGGGUUUAGGCGAAUAUCCAACGAAAACUUUCAGCUCAUCAUGUCUUACGCAUACUUGUUUAAGUACAUCAUUAUUGGAGACACAGGCGUGGGCAAGUCCUGUCUUCUUUUGCAGUUCACAGACAAACGCUUCCAACCCGUACAUGAUCUCACAAUUGGCGUUGAGUUCGGUGCCCGCAUGAUCACCAUUGAUGGAAAACAAAUCAAACUUCAAAUAUGGGAUACCGCUGGUCAGGAGGCCUUCCGCUCAAUCACAAGAUCGUACUACAGAGGUGCAGCUGGAGCGCUUCUUGUGUAUGACAUCACCCGCCGAGACACUUUCAACCACCUAACCACUUGGCUAGAGGAUGCACGUCAACAUUCCAACUCAAACAUGGUUAUAAUGUUGAUUGGCAACAAAAGUGAUCUCGAAGGCCGCAGAGAGGUAAAACGCGAAGAAGGCGAAGCCUUUGCCAGGGAGCAUGGCCUAAUUUUCAUGGAAACCUCUGCCAAAACCGCCGCCAACGUUGAGGAGGCUUUCAUCAACACAGCAAAGGAGGUUUAUGAGAAAAUUCAGGAGGGUGUUUUUGACAUCAAUAAUGAGGCGAACGGAAUCAAGAUUGGACCCCAGCACUCGCCAACAAACCCCUCAUUACCUUCUGGGGGUCAAGGGGGCAUGCAGGGCGGCGGAUGCUGUUAAAAGGCGCGCUCUCCAUCUGAGACUGGCGAUAAUUUUAGUUAAUUCUUCAAUACCUUUCUAUGACAUGAUUUGUGCAGUUCUCAAGACAGGGCAGGCUGGGUGAUAGGUUGCUUAGCACACGUUUUGUUAAACCCAUCACAGUGUACCAGGCCGUAGUUAAUUCCCUCAUUUUUCUUUUCAUAUGUUGCACUCUUUGUUUAUUCCCACAAACCUCCCGGUCACAUUUAAAAUGCUAGAUCCAUUUUAUCUUUCUUAAAUACAUGAUUGAAGAAUUGUUUUCUGAAAAAGGAAUUAAUCGUAGCAUCUUCAGUUGAAUUUUAUUUAAUCUGGCACCAUUGAGUGAAUUUUAAGUUGUGGGAAGACUAUGGUUAAAAGCUGAACUUUUUCAGUGUUGUAUUGCUGAAUACGUUAACAACUAUGAAGGAAGAAUGUGAAAAUGACAAACUGGGAAAGAUGGACGAAAAUUUAAUGUAUUGUAACCCUUAUAACAUAAUUAAUUAUCUAGACAUUGUAUUUAUUACCCUGCAGGGAACAAUGCAGAUCCAAAAUGCGCACCUUUUAGUUUGAUUCAUUUUCACGUUCGGAAGAGUCAAAAUGAAUACCUGGAAAUUGUCUAAAGGCUCCUUUUGUUGACAAAACCUUCCGCUGUAUGCAAAACGGCUGGAUGAGGAACAAUUUUUGUACAGCAACCCUGCCUCCACUAUUGCUGUUUCUUUAUUUCGCCUAUGAUUCAAAUUUAUUUCAAUGAAACGCCCAUGACCCGGAAUUGGCAAGUUACUGGCUGGCAGGGUUUGAUAUAAAUAAGGCUGGUGUUUAUAAUCUAAUCUCGCAAAUGAAAGUGAUUCUGUUCUUGACAAUUGCUUGCAGUAGUUGCGUCAGGUGACCAUUUAAACACGACAACUCUUUGAAGCCUUUUUUAGCGUAGCAUCGUUUUCCCGUGUAGCGCUUAAAAUAAACAAAAAAGAAGAAAUGUAUAAUUAAACUAUUUCAGACUUUUUAUAAACAUAAUGAAGUACUUCACCAGCAUUGAUUAGAUUGUGCAAUCCACCUUUAUUGUCAAUGUAGAAGAGUGCAAAAUGAGUCUAUAGGCAUUGUGGAGCUCAUUACUAGUCUUUGCAUUGCGACGAAUCGAGAUUUUGUGUUGAAUUAAAAUGGGAUUUCUAUCAACUGUUUUAACCCCUCACAAACACUCCCUAAAACUGCACCCUUGGUCAGUGGAUAUACCAAUUAAUUAAUAUUUUAAGUAAAUCUAUGUAAUUUUCUUACAGCACUUUUGAAAUUGCGUGCAAUCUCUUCGUCGCGUUCAUGAAGUGUCUGAAAAAUGCUUGUGUGCUGUAUGAUUUAGCGGAUCAUGACUGUUUUAAAUUGUGCUGCAUUUUCGUAAUCUGAUUUUUUUACCAGCGCAGCAGCAUCAAUUUCAAAAUUAUAUAUAUUUUCUGUAUGUUGUAAACUAUUCAUCAAAUUGUGGAAUACAAUAACAUAUUAUAUUCUCGCGAUUAUUAAAUCAGUACAGCACUGUACACUCAUUGUCUGCAUCUAA